CGACCUGUAUGUGUUUUCACCACAGAGGCAGAAAGAAGCGUGACUGUGAAGGGAGAGACGUAACAACUCCCUACCUUCCACAGCUCCUUCUGUGGUGGGGGGAACUGUGUCCAGACUUGUGCUUUGCGAAUUAACUUGCAGAAAGAAGACAUUUUAGUCGCAGGAGAAGAAAUAACAUUUGUCCUCGGCUUCACGCGCGCGAGGCAGCGACACUCAACACUUGAGCGGAGCUGACGUUAACCCGUUAGCAGCGAGACACGGGAGCUGCCACGAAUAGAUCCAGUAUCUACGACCCCGGUCGGCCGACCGGGAUAGGACCUCGUGUUCCUCUGGCAGUGGACUCGUAUCUUUCCCCCCCUCUUCUUCUGCUCUCCGGGUUGGCUCUAACUCUUGUGUUUUGUGGCUGUUAAUUACAUGAAGUGGAUUUUUGUGCUUGCUGCGAAGUGAAGACGGGACUAAACGUAGUGGUUCAGAGAAGGAGAGAAAUGCCAACGGCGGUGACAAAGAGGAGAUUCAGUGUUAGUCUUUGAUCCUGUCAGAGUGGGACGUGUCUAGCAGGGGACUGAGGAGGGAGCAGUGCCAACUUGGAACAUGGUGCCUAAUAUUCACCUGGCAGUGCCCCUCCUGCCCAGAGGGGCGUUGCUGUUCCUGCUUCUACUCAGCUGCAUAGUGUGCUCCUCUCAGGCAGAUAGCUUGCCAAGUUUCGUCAAAUCCCCAGAGGACCAGACGGGCAUCUCGGGCGGAGUUGCGUCGUUUGUGUGCCAGGCCACUGGGGUGCCCAGACCAAGAAUCACCUGGAUGAAGAAAGGCAAGAAAGUCAGCUCCCAGCGCUUUGAGGUGAUUGAGUUUGAUGAUGGUGCGGGCUCCGUACUGCGGAUCCAGCCACUGCGCACACACAGAGACGAAGCCAUUUACGAGUGCACGGCCGCCAACAGUGCAGGCGAGAUCAACACUAGUGCCAAGCUUACAGUGCUUGAAGAGAACCAGAUCCCCCAUGGCUUCCCCACCAUUGAUAUGGGUCCCCAGCUGAAGGUGGUUGAAAGAACCAGAACUGCCACCAUGCUGUGUGCCGCCAGCGGAAACCCGGACCCAGAGAUAUCCUGGUUCAAGGACAUGCUUCCUGUGGACAUCAGCAGCAGCAAUGGGCGCAUUAAACAGCUUCGUUCAGGAGCUCUGCAAAUUGAGAACAGCGAGGAGUCCGACCAAGGGAAAUAUGAAUGCGUUGCCAUGAACAGUGCUGGGACCCGUUACUCCGCUCCUGCCAAUCUCUACGUACGAGUGCGAAGAGUCCCACCCAGAUUCUCCAUUCCACCCACCAACCAAGAGGUGAUGCCAGGUGGCAGCGUCAACCUGACAUGCGUGGCAGUGGGCUCGCCAAUGCCCUAUGUCAAGUGGACAAUGGGCACGGUGGAGCUGACCAAGGAGGAAGAGAUGCCAAUGGGACGCAACGUGCUAGAGGUCACCAACAUUCGUGAGUCAGCCAACUACACCUGCGUGGCCAUCUCCUCUCUGGGCAUGAUUGAAGCCACCGCUCAGGUCACUGUCAAAGCCUUGCCAAAGCCCCCCACCUCUCUCAUUGUGACCGAGACCACAGCCACCAGUGUAACUCUUACCUGGGACUCUGGAAACCCUGAACCCGUCUCCUACUACAUGAUCCAGUACAGAGCCAAGUCCUCAGACAACGGCUUCCAGGAAGUGGAAGGUGUGGCAACAACCCGAUACAGCAUUGGUGGACUCAGCCCCUACUCUGAGUAUGAGUUUCGUGUCAUGGCUGUCAACAACAUUGGCCGUGGGCCACCCAGCGACCCCGUGGAAACACGCACUGGUGAACAGGCCCCCUCCUCGCCACCCCUGCACGUGCAAGCGCGCAUGCUGAGUGCCAGCACGAUGCUUGUACAGUGGGAACCACCAGAGGAACCCAAUGGGCAAAUCAGGGGCUACCGGGUCUACUACAGCUCCGACCUGACGGCUCCGCUCAGCGCCUGGCAGAAACACAACACAGAUGACAGCAGUCUGACUACCAUCUCAGGCCUGACUCCUGAUAUCACCUACAGCCUCAGGGUGCUGGGCUUCACCUCUGUAGGUGACGGGCCACCUUCUGACAUCCUGCAAGUCAAAACCCAGCAGGGAGUCCCUGCCCAGCCGUCCAGCUUUGAGGCUGAAGCCGAGCUAGACAGCCGCAUCAUGCUAACAUGGCUGUGGCCCGUACAGGACCCCAUCACUAAGUAUGAGCUGCAGUACUGGGAGGACGGUUCAGAGAACAAGAUACAUGUGUCCUUCAACCCAGCUGGCUCCUACGCUGUGGACGGUCUCAAACCUGACACGUUGUACCGUUUCUCGCUGGCAGCCCGCUCUGAGAUGGGUUUGGGUGUCUACACUCAGCCCAUCGAGGCUCGCACCGCCCAGUCCACCCCAUCCGCCCCCCCUCAGGAUGUACAUCUGGUCAGCCUGAGCUCCACCAGCCUCAAGGUGAGUUGGGUGGCACCGCCCGCCGCUAGCCGCCACGGUGCCAUUGUGCUCUACACAGUCAGCUACCAGGCCCUGGCUGGAGAGGACACGGAGCGGCAUGAGGUGACGGGCAUCGGCGCAGACGCCACCAGCUAUGUGCUGGAAGGCCUGGAGAAAUGGACUGAGUAUCAGGUGUGGGUGAGGGCACACACUGAUGUGGGCCCGGGCCCUGAGAGUGCCCCAGUGAGGAUGAGAACCAAAGAGGAUGUGCCAGGAGCACCCCCCAGGAAGCUGGAGGUUGAGGCCAUAAACUCGACAGCAAUCCGGGUAACCUGGAAGCCGCCCCUGCAGGGGAAGCAGCACGGCCAAAUCCGAGGCUACCAAGUCAUCUUUUCUCGGCUUGAGAACGGCGAACCUCGAGGCCAGCCUAACAUCAUGGACGUUGCUUUGCCAGAGGCACAGUGGAAUAUUGAGGAGUCCACCGAGCAUGAGGCCAUCAUUGGUGGACUGCACUCUGAAACCACCUACUCUGUCACCGUAGCAGCGUACACCACCAAGGGAGACGGAGCUCGCAGCAAAGCUAAAGUCAUCACCACGACUGGAGCAGUGCCUGGCAAGCCCACUAUGAUGAUCAGCACCACCAUGGGCAACACAGCACUGAUCCAGUGGCAGCCGCCCAAGGAAAUGGUGGGUGAGCUGAUGGGCUACCAGCUGCAAUACAAGCGCACUGAUGAUGAAACCUUCACGUCACGCGAGCUGAGAAAGACUGACGACCAUUACACUGUCACUGGGCUACACAAAGGCGCCACCUACGUCUUCCGCCUCAGCGCACGCAACCGUGCAGGCAUCGGCGAGGCUUACGUAAAGGAGAUCAGCACACCUGAAGACGUGCCGUCAGGCUUCCCAUUCAACCUUCAAGUCACAGGACUGACCCAGUCCAGCACCCAGCUGACCUGGGAGCCCCCGCUGGUGGCUGAAAGGAACGGCAAGAUUGUGCACUACGUGGUUGUGUACAGGGACAUCAACAGUCAGCAGAACAGCACCAACCGCACAGCCGACACGCACAUGACUAUCCAGGGCCUUAAUCCUGACACUACCUAUGACAUCCGGGUGCAGGCGUUCACAAGUAAGGGCGGAGGACCCCUCAGCCCCAGCAUUCAAAGCAGGACCAUGUCCAAUGAUUUUCCCACCCUGAACUUUGGUGUCAAAGCUGUCAUGAAAACAUCUGUCCUCCUCACCUGGGAUUUGCCACCAAACUACAAAUCUCAAGUGCCUUUCAAGAUCUUGUACAACCAGCAAAGCGUGGAAGUGCAGGGAAACCUGAAGAGGAAGCUGAUAUCGCAGCUGCAGCCAGACACAGACUACUCUUUUGUGCUGACAAGCAGAGGCAACAUUGCCGGGGGUCUGCAGCAGCAGGUGUCCAUCCGCACUGCCCCUGACCUGAUCAAGACCAAACCAAGCACACUUCAGGCUCAGGGUGGCAAGAUGACCAUCACCCUGCCUAAGGUCCAGACCACCACACGUGUCAGGUGGUACUACAUCGUGGUGGUGCCGGUGUCCCAGGCAACGCGGCGGUGGAAGAAUCCAGACGAGAUGGACCUGGAUGAGCUGCUCAGGUCAAGUGAAGGCCCUGUCCUGAGGCGCCGACGUCACCUUGAUUCCUCCAAGCCUUACAUUGCUGCCAAGCUGGCCUCACUGCCGACUUCCUUCACCGUGGGUGAUGAGAAGAGGUACAACGGUUUCUACAACAAGCCCCUGACCAGUCCACAAGAGUACCUCUGCUUUGUCCUGGCUGUGCUCCGAUACGAAGGGACAGACAGCACUGCUAAUUAUAUGACAUUUUCUGCCAGUCCCUACUCAGACCCAAUCCAGGUCACAACAAGUAUGGCUCAAGGGAUGGAACAACCUGAAAUGUUGUGGGUUAUGGGCCCAGUGCUGGCUGUGGUCCUCAUCAUCAUCAUCGUCAUCGCCAUCCUGCUCUUUAAGAAGAAGCGGGCGUCACCCCUACCAAAGGAUGAGCACUCAGGUGGGGUGAAAGACUCCCUGCUGGCCAACUCCUCCGACCCUGUGGAGAUGAGAAGACUCAACUACCAGACCCCAGGUCCCAGCUCUCAUCGCUGCCCCAACACUCCAAGAAUGAGGGAGCACCCACCCAUUCCUGUCGUUGACCUGGCUGACCACAUCGAGCGACUAAAGGCCAACGACGGCCUCCGCUUUUCCCAGGAGUAUGAGUCCAUUGAUCCAGGCCAGCAGUUUACCUGGGAGAACUCCAACAUGGAAGUCAACAAGCCAAAGAAUCGCUAUGCAAACGUCAUUGCCUAUGACCACUCCAGAGUGGUGCUCACCUCUGUUGACGCCGUUCCAGGCAGUGACUACAUCAAUGCCAACUACAUCGACGGCUACAGGAAGCAGAAUGCCUACAUUGCCACACAGGGGCCACUGCCAGAGACGCUGAGCGACUUCUGGAGGAUGGUGUGGGAGCAAAGAUCCAACACCAUCGUGAUGAUGACCAGACUGGAGGAGAAGUCACGGGUGAAGUGUGACCAGUACUGGCCGUCGCGAGGAACAGAGACCUAUGGAAUGAUCCAGGUCACCAUGCUGGACACCGUGGAGCUAGCCACUUACAGCGUCCGUACUUUCGCCCUCUACAAGAAUGGCUCCAGUGAGAAGAGAGAGGUGAGACAGUUCCAGUUCAUGGCCUGGCCAGACCACGGCGUGCCAGAGUACCCUACCCCCAUCCUGGCCUUCCUACGGCGGGUAAAGGCCUGCAAUCCUCCAGAUGCAGGGCCCAUGGUGGUCCACUGUAGUGCGGGCGUGGGCAGGACUGGCUGCUUUAUCGUGAUCGAUGCCAUGCUGGAGCGCAUGAAGCAUGAGAAAUCUGUAGACAUCUACGGCCAUGUGACGUGCAUGCGCGCCCAGAGGAACUACAUGGUCCAGACUGAGGACCAGUACAUCUUCAUACACGAAGCCCUGCUGGAGGCCGCCACCUGCGGCAACACUGAGGUGCCGGCACGCAAUCUGUAUGCCCACAUCCAGAAACUCACCCAGCCUCCACCCGGCGAGACGGUCACUGCCAUGGAGUUGGAGUUCAAGAGACUGGCCAACUCCAAAGCCCACACGUCACGCUUCAUCAGCGCCAACUUGCCCUGUAACAAGUUCAAGAACCGCCUGGUCAACAUCAUGCCUUUUGAGUCCACCCGCGUCUGCCUGCAGCCCAUCCGUGGCGUCGAGGGCUCCGACUACAUCAACGCUAGCUGCAUUGAUGGCUACAGACAGCAGAAGGCCUACCUGGCUACACAGGGACCACUGGCAGAGACCACUGAGGACUUCUGGAGGAUGCUGUGGGAGCACAACUCCACCAUCGUCGUCAUGCUCACCAAGCUACGAGAGAUGGGACGGGAGAAGUGCCAUCAGUACUGGCCAGCAGAGCGUUCAGCCAGGUACCAGUACUUUGUGGUGGAUCCAAUGGCUGAGUACAACAUGCCCCAGUACAUCCUCAGAGAGUUCAAAGUCACAGAUGCCAGGGAUGGCCAGUCCAGAACAAUCCGCCAAUUCCAGUUCACUGACUGGCCCGAGCAAGGAGUGCCAAAAACUGGAGAAGGCUUCAUUGAUUUCAUUGGACAAGUGCACAAAACCAAGGAACAGUUUGGACAGGACGGACCAAUCACUGUACACUGCAGUGCCGGGGUGGGCAGGACCGGAGUCUUCAUCACCCUCAGCAUCGUGCUGGAGAGGAUGAGGUACGAGGGAGUGGUCGACCUCUUCCAGACAGUCAAGACACUUCGCACCCAGCGGCCUGCCAUGGUGCAGACAGAGGACCAGUACCAGUUGUGCUACAGGGCAGCAUUGGAGUACCUGGGGAGCUUUGACCACUAUGCAACAUAACCACUCCCACCGAGCAGCCUCCCUGGUCAAACCUCUCAGGAGUGUGCCAAGUGUCCCAUCUCAGCCACCAUCCACUCACUUGACCCCCUAAAACCCAACCCCUCGCAGCUACCGGAGGGGAGGGGAAGAAAGGGACACGCUUGCAGACCCGGCGACGGGUUUAACCAAUCACAGAGAUCCACGCCGACUUAACCAACCACAUGAGAUUUUGCUUUAAAAAUAAUAAGAGAAACAUUACAGUGACUAUGACAAAAAUGACAACUCUUGUACAGAUGCGACAGCGCAGACUGGCAGCUUGCCUCUCUGCUCUGUCGAAGCCAAACCUCCCUGAUUGUCAAAGGCUACUGGUAGCACUAAGAGAGCACUCUCUCUGUUUUUUUGUUUUUAUUUUUUUUUAAUUAUAUUGUCAAUAUUAUGAUUCAUUAUGUCAAAUGUUAUUGUUUAGUAUAUUUGUUGUUUUUAAUAAUCAUUUUAACAUCAGACAUUUCUUCUGUCUUAAACUGCCCAGCCUGGGGCGUGCAUUAUUGUCAUAAUCGGUACUUUUUUUUAUUUUUACUUUUUAUUUUAGGGUACUUUAGCACAAGGGACAUGUAUUUUUAACACGUUCCUAGAUACUAAUACAGGAGGACCACUGUUCUCUGAGCUGCUGUCAGAUUUCUUUUCGUCACAUGAUAUAAUUGUUUUAUUCAUUAUAUGUGUCAUAAACAUUUUGUUUGGUCUUAUUCAGUUCAAUAGCUCAAAAAAUUGCCUUUUGACUCGCUGUUUUGGUUAAAGAAAAAAAAAUUGAUUUCAGAGCACACACUUGCUAAAGUCUGGCCUGUGAAAGUGGUAGCUACUUAUAAAACAAGAAGUGAAUUAGCUUACAAGAGACUAAAUCAGAGGUGUACAGAAAUGGAAAGCACAUGAUUUCUACGUGUUAUUUUGUUUGUUUUGUUUUUCAUCAGAAGCCUAUGGCAUUGAGGCCUUCAUACUCCACAGCGGAGAACUUACCUGAGGAAAACAGACUUUUGUACCCAAAGGGUAGUUGUCAGAAAAUAAACUCCCUGAUCUCUGAAUAAAGUUGCUCUUCAAGUCCCUCCCAUCUCCUUGCUGCCCAUUAGCCUGGUCAGUUUGCUGGAGCUGAGCCACACAGACCGAAAGGAGCAGAAGUGGUUCACAUGGGCUGAGGAGUAGAGCCAUCAACGCUGGCACCUGUACAGAAUCAACCAUUCCUACCAGAGGGAAAGAGACUCGGCCCUUUGGACUGAAACCUGAUAUUAUUUUAUACAGAAAUAGAACUAUAAAUAUAUAUAUAAUUAUGAUUGAUUAUAUAUAUGUACAAUUACACAUAGAUAUAUACACAGCUUCAAAGGUAUAUUGUUAAAAAGGAUUAAUUCUGCUGAUCUACCAACCCUAGAGACACUGCAGAGAGCCUGCUGUCCUAGAGUGUGUAUUAAUGGAAACACCGUUGUAUCUACUGUACUACCAUAGUAACUUCGACAGCUGGUUGUCCGUCUGAAUGAGGAAAAACAGCACAACCCCCCACCCCACUCAUCAAUAAUGGACGACUCCUCACUCAAUCGCACCACUCAAGCACACAUCUUCUCCCACACAAGCCGCAGGAGGGGAGCGUCUGAUGGCGACACGUUGUGGUGGCGGUGGUGGUGGAGGCGGCGGUGGGAGGGAGGGGGGACUUGAAUACGCUGGCGAAAAACUAAAAAUGUUCAUUUUUACCUUGUGAAUGCUUAGUGCUGUAGGGGUUCGAUCUGUUGUACACACAGUCUGUUUUCUAUUUGUUGAUAAAGAACUGGAAUUUAAAAAGAAACUGUUGAUGAAAAAAACAUUGAUGUUAAUAAAGUUAAAUAAUUGGGUUUUUGUACAAA